UUGGCCCUGUCCCGGCCGAGGCAGCGGGGCUGAGGCGCGGUGUCAGCCCUGCUCGCCCGCGACCUGUGGGUGGAAGCGGUUUGCCGCCGGCAGGCUGUGAGAGCGGCCUGAGAGGGAGAAAGGGCCCGCCGCGUCCGUCUGUGCGCCCCUUGGGGGUUCAGCGCCGGAUGGCGAAGCUCUCGGCAGCUCUGCCGAGCGGGGUCCUGCCCCAUUCGGCGUCGGCGUCUGCUCACACUUGCCCCUGCUCUGGAGCACGGCUGUUUUUCUGUGGACCGGCUGCACUCCCUCAGAUGAACCAAGGCACUGUACCGCGCUUGUUUUAGCGGGCUGGCAGGGACACUCGCCGUCACAUCAACGAGUUAAGUGAGUUCAUAGAAGGAUCUGAAAAGCGCGGGUGUGGUGGGGUAACCAGCAGCCCAGCACCUACCCAGCAGCUCUGUCCUCCUCCCCCGGGACAGAGACGGGUGUAUAGAACAACAACGCACGUACCACAGGAAUUAGGACAGAUUAUGGAUUCAGAAACAUUUGAAAAAUCUCGUCUGUAUCAGCUGGACAAAAGUACUUUCAGCUUUUGGUCAGGCCUGUAUUCAGAGGUUGAGGGCACCAUGAUUCUGCUCUGUGGAGGAAUUCCUUUUCUUUGGAAUCUGUCUGGUCAGAUCUCUGGUCGUGCUGGGUUUGGACCAGAAUAUGAGAUUGUUCAGUCAUUGGUAUUUCUGCUGCUUGCAACACUCUUCAGUGCAGUGACUGGUCUCCCAUGGAGUUUAUAUAACACAUUUGUCAUAGAAGAGAAACAUGGCUUCAAUCAACAGACGCUGGGAUUUUUUUUUAAGGAUGCUAUCAAGAAGUUUAUCGUGACUCAGUGUAUUCUGUUACCAGUGACAUCCCUUCUGCUUUACAUUAUUAAAAUAGGGGGAGACUACUUCUUCAUCUACGCCUGGCUCUUUACAUUAGUUGUUUCCUUGGUGCUUGUUACAAUCUAUGCAGAUUAUAUUGCACCUUUGUUUGAUAAAUUCAUUCCACUUCCUGAGGGAGAGCUCAAGCAACAAAUUGAAACAAUGGCAAAGAGCAUUGACUUCCCAUUGACUAAGGUGUAUGUUGUUGAAGGUUCUAAGCGUUCUUCUCAUAGCAAUGCUUAUUUCUAUGGAUUCUUCAAGAAUAAGCGAAUAGUACUCUUUGACACCCUCCUGGAAGAUUAUUCUGCAUUGAACAAAGAGCCAGCAGGAGAAGAUGGCGAGAAUGAAGAGACAAAGUCUAAAACCAAAAAUAAGAAACAAGGAUGUAAAAAUGAAGAAGUUCUGGCUGUACUUGGUCAUGAGUUGGGUCACUGGAAACUAGGUCACACUGUCAAAAAUAUUAUCAUCAGCCAGAUGAAUUCCUUCCUCUGCUUCUUCCUGUUUGCUGUGUUAAUUGGUCGAAAAGAACUCUUUGCUGCAUUUGGUUUCUAUGACACCCAGCCUACCCUGAUAGGCUUGAUGAUUAUUUUCCAGUUCAUUUUUUCACCUUACAAUGAGGUUCUCUCAUUUUGCUUGACUGUAUUAAGCCGACGAUUUGAGUUUCAAGCAGACUCAUUUGCCAAGGAGCUUGGGAAGGCUAAAGACCUAUAUUCUGCUUUGAUCAAGUUAAACAAAGAUAAUUUAGGAUUCCCUGUUUCUGACUGGAUCUUUUCAAUGUGGCAUUACUCCCAUCCACCCCUUUUAGAAAGACUUCAGGCCUUGAAAGAUGCAAAGCAAGAGUGACAGGAAUCAUUGUUGGUUCAGAGACAGUGCUUCCAUCUCAGAAGCAAAGUUCAGAGCUGCUUUUUAAUUUCUUUUUAAAAAUGGAUAAUGCCAAUUAAGUGCAACGUUAACAGCACCAUGGAUCUCAGAAUCCUGAAACAGGUAUUAAAUUAUAAAUGACUUUUUUUAACAAAAACAAAACCGUGGAACUUAAUUUAGAAAAAGUACUGGUGAAGACCUUCCCCACAGACACACUGGCUUUUAUCUCCAUAUCAUAGUAUAGACUUGUAAAGGGAGGAAAACAAAAGUAUAGACUUCAAAGCACCUAUUUGUUCAGUUCAUGAAUGCCUUGAACAUUGCUUUUGAUCCUUUUCCCAUUCUCAGCAUUCUGUGAACCUUCCCGGUCUCAACCCUCUUCACAAUGAAGAGGGUUUGAGUGACUUGAUUUCCUGUAUAAUACUUGUACUCACCAGUCACUAUUUUGUGUUUUAAAAAGCUGAAUGCAAGUACAGGUCUUUCUCCUGGAUUCAUGUCUGUCAUAAUUGAAAAUGCCACUUAAUAAAACCUCUUUUCUCUGAAGUGUGGGAAGAAGAAUGAAUUACA